AUGGCUGCUUCACGGUCUUCACGAAUCAGCAAUGACGACGACGACACUGAUACAAUUGAUGUUCAUAUUAUCCCUCUCUCCACUUCCGAAGCCAUCGACCGUCAACGUGGAGAUCUUCAAAGGAAUGUUUCGUUUAGUAAUGGAUUGACAUUGGUCGUUGGUAUCAUCAUUGGCUCAGGUAUCUUUGCAUCCCCAGGCCCUGUCCUGUCCUAUUCAAAAUCUGUGGGCGUCUCCUUGAUCAUUUGGUUCGUCUCUGGUCUGUUGGCGUUUGCAGGAUCGUUAUGCUAUGCAGAAUUAGGAAGCGCCAUGCCUAGUUCUGGAGGAGGUGAACAUGCAUAUUUACAACAUGCCUUUGGCAGUUUACCUGCAUUCUUGUUCAGCUGGUCAUCAAUUGCACUUUUGAAGCCAGCUGGAAAUGCCAUCAUCUGCGUCGUUUUUGCAGAAUAUGUGGUCAAUAUUAUCGCUCAGUCAUCAUGGGAACCAACUCAGCCAAUGCGUCACUGGACCUAUAAGCUUGUUGGCGUUAUUUGUGUUCUCGUCCUUUCAGGAUUAAACUCUAUCAGUGUAUCGGUUGGAACACGGAUUCAGGACCUGUUUACGUUUAUCAAGGUGGUAACGUUGCUUGUCAUUGGCAUCACCGGUGUGGUCGUGCUGGCUCAAAAAUCAUUAUCAAGCCAUAACUUUGAUCAUGCGUUCGAGGGUGAGACCCAACCCAGUUUAGGUGAUAUUGCACUGGGACUAUAUUCUGGCCUAUGGGCGUAUGAUGGAUGGAAUAAUCUGAACUACGUUUCUACAGAAAUGAAGAACCCGACCAGAGAUUUGCCCAGAGUCAUCUUUGCAGGCGUACCUAUUGUCAUUAUCUUUUACUUAUUGGCCAACACAGCAUACUAUGCGGUAUUGCCUGAAGCCACAGUCAUGAGUACUAACACUGUUGCUAUCGACUUUGGAAAGCAAAUGUUUGGAAACACAGGAGGGGUAUUGUUUGCACUCUGUGUGGCAUGCAGUUGCUUUGGUGCAGCGAAUGGAUCAAUUUUCACUGGAGCACGCGUGAUCUACGCAUCAGCACGCGAGGGCUACCUACCAAAAAUGUUUGGCAAGAUCAAUGAGAAACGGAAAACGCCGAUUGCUGCUCUAGGUCUGCAGGCAGUCAUGACGAGCAUCAUGAUCCUUGGAGGCACCUUCUCGACGCUAGUUAACUUUUAUUCUGUUGCAGCUUGGCUCUUUUACUUGGCAAGUAUCCAGGGUUUACUCUACCUACGAUAUUAUGAACCAAAUCUAAAGCGACCAUUCAGGGUAUGGACCAUUGUCCCAAUCAUGUUUACGUUCCUCGGCUUGUUCUUGUUCCUAAUGCCCUUUGUGCGUGCACCACUCGAGUCGUGUUUAUCGAUGGUAAUCGUCCUUGCGGGUCUGCCUCUCUGGGUGGUCAAGGAGCUUGUCUCUGGUAAUAAAGGCACACGAUGGGAAGACCUUAAAAACAAGAUGCUGAGCUCAUUAGGCUUCCCACCCUCAGGUGGCCGACAUGAGCGUCUAGUCGGGCACUGA